AUGAUAAUUGGCUUACCUUAUCCCCUUCAUCUCUCUCUCUCUCUCUCUUGUAUGCUCUCAUCUUUCUUCGCAGACAUACCACCAUUCCUCUGCUUCCCCAGCAGAACAUGAAAAUAGCUCUCCGCUCACUAUAAAUCCCCCAAGCAGCUAAAGCCUCCCAUCUUCUACUCUUCUCAAUGGCUGCACCAUUAUGCGACUCGCCAUUAGUCAACCGCUUUCCCUCCGUUUCUUCUUUCCUUCCCAAGUCUUUCCUUGCCAACGAAAAUUACCGUUGGGAGACUCAUCUUCGUUCCUCUUUUCUUGGUUCAAAAUCACCGCAAAUGUUCCGUUCUGCAGCUAAGACAUCGAAAUUCGGAAGUAAUAGAAGGCGGAGGAUGCUUGCAGUGGCUUCAUUCGGAGGUUUUCUGGGUGGGAUGUUUAAAGGGACGGAUACUGGGGAGUCCACGAGGCAGAAGUAUGCUCCAACUGUGACCCUUAUUAACGGAUUCGAAGCGGAGAUGUCUGCAUUGUCUGAUUCGGAAUUGAGAGAAAAGACUUCUGUGUUGAAGGAGCGUGCCCAAAUGGGUGAAUCGUUGGAUUCUCUUUUACCUGAAGCAUUUGCCGUGGUAAGGGAGGCUUCCAAGAGGGUCUUAGGGCUUCGUCCCUUUGAUGUGCAACUGAUAGGUGGCAUGGUUCUUCACAAAGGAGAAAUUGCUGAAAUGAGAACUGGAGAGGGAAAGACACUUGUUGCCAUUUUACCAGCUUAUUUGAAUGCUUUAAGUGGCAAAGGAGUUCAUGUUGUGACAGUCAAUGAUUAUUUGGCACGAAGAGAUUGUGAAUGGGUUGGUCAAGUUCCCCGUUUUCUUGGUUUGAAGGUUGGCCUGAUCCAACAAAAUAUGACAAGUGAACAAAGAAGGGAGAAUUAUUUGUGUGACAUCACAUACGUCACUAACAGCGAGCUUGGUUUUGAUUUCUUGAGAGAUAAUCUUGCCACGAGUGUUGAGGAGCUUGUCUUGAGAAGUUUCAAUUACUGUAUAAUUGAUGAAGUUGAUUCAAUCCUCAUUGAUGAAGCAAGAACUCCUCUCAUCAUAUCUGGACCCGCAGAGAAACCUAGUGAUCGAUAUUACAAGGCUGCAAAAAUAGCUGCAGCUUUUGAACGAGAUAUACAUUACACUGUGGAUGAGAAGCAGAAAACAGUUCUUCUCACUGAACAGGGUUAUGAGGAUGCUGAAGAAAUUUUGGAUGUAAAAGACUUGUAUGAUCCCCGAGAACAGUGGGCAUCGUAUGUUCUGAAUGCAAUAAAAGCAAAAGAGUUAUUUCUUAGAGAUGUUAAUUAUAUCAUACGUGGGAAGGAGGUGCUAAUUGUAGAUGAAUUUACUGGCCGAGUUAUGCAGGGGAGGAGAUGGAGUGAUGGACUCCACCAAGCAGUUGAAGCAAAAGAAGGUUUGCCCAUCCAAAAUGAAACUGUAACCCUGGCAUCUAUUAGUUACCAAAACUUCUUUCUCCAGUUUCCAAAACUUUGUGGAAUGACUGGCACUGCAGCCACUGAAAGCACAGAAUUUGAGAGUAUAUACAAACUUAAAGUUACAAUUGUGCCUACAAACAAGCUCAUGAUAAGAAAGGAUGAAUCCGAUGUAGUUUUCAGGGCAAGCACUGGAAAAUGGCGGGCAGUUGUGGUAGAGAUUUCUAGAAUGCACAAAACAGGUCGACCAGUGCUUGUUGGCACAACAAGUGUUGAGCAGAGCGAUGCACUGUCUGAACAGUUACGAGAAACUGGAAUUCCUCAUGAGGUUCUCAAUGCAAAACCGGAGAAUGUGGAGAGAGAAGCGGAGAUUGUAGCGCAGAGUGGACGCUUGGGAGCAGUUACAAUUGCUACAAAUAUGGCAGGUCGUGGAACUGAUAUUAUUCUUGGUGGAAAUGCAGAAUUUAUGGGAAGGUUGAAGCUACGUGAGAUGCUUAUGCCAAGAGUUGUUAAGCCAACUGAAGGAGGUUUUGUAUCAGUGAAGAAACUUCCUCCAAGGAAGACAUGGAAGGUCAAUCAAAGUUUGUUUCCAUGCAAGCUAACUAAUGAGAAUACUAACUUGGCUGAAGAAGCUAUCGAGCUGGCUGUAAAAUCUUGGGGCCAGAGAUCAUUGACUGAACUGGAAGCAGAGGAGCGCCUAUCUUACUCCUGUGAAAAGGGCCCUGCUCAAGAUGAAGUCAUAGCCAAGCUUCGGAUAGCCUAUCUAGAAAUUGUGAAAGAAUAUAAGGUCUAUACUGAGGAAGAAAAGAAGAAGGUUGUGUCAGCUGGUGGGCUACAUGUGGUUGGUACAGAAAGGCACGAGUCACGCAGAAUUGACAAUCAGCUUCGUGGUCGAAGUGGUCGCCAAGGGGAUCCUGGAAGUUCCCGCUUUUUCCUAAGUCUUGAAGAUAACAUUUUUAGAAUUUUCGGUGGUGACCGAAUUGAGGGAUUGAUGAGAGCUUUCAGAAUUGAAGACUUACCAAUUGAGUCCAAGAUGCUGACAAAAGCACUAGAUGAAGCUCAGAGGAAAGUGGAAAACUAUUUUUUUGAUAUUAGGAAGCAAUUAUUUGAGUAUGAUGAAGUCCUGAAUAGCCAAAGAGAUCGUGUGUAUACAGAGAGAAGACGAGCUCUUGAAUCGGACAAUCUCCAAAUGCUUAUCAUUGAAUAUGCUGAGUUGACAAUGGAUGACAUCUUAGAGGCAAAUAUUGGUUCUGAUGUGCCAAAGGAAAGUUGGGAUCUUGAAAAGCUCAUUUCAAAACUUCAACAGUACUGCUACCUGCUGAAUGAUUUGACCCCUGAUUUGCUAAGAAGUAAGUGUUCAAGCUAUGAGGAAUUGCAGAAUUACCUUCGUCUUCGAGGUCGCGAAGCAUAUUUGCAAAAAAGGGAUAUUGUGGAGCAAGAAGCGCCAGGCUUGAUGACUGAAGCCGAGAGAUUCUUAAUUUUGAGCAAUAUUGAUCGCUUGUGGAAGGAGCAUUUGCAGGCAAUCAAGUUUGUUCAGCAAGCUGUAGGAUUGCGCGGAUAUGCACAACGUGAUCCACUUAUCGAGUAUAAGCUAGAAGGCUAUAAUCUAUUCUUGGAGAUGAUGGCUCAGAUAAGAAGAAAUGUUAUAUACUCCAUAUAUCAGUUUAAACCUGUACUGGUAAAGAAGGAUCAGGAGCAAAGCCCGAAUGAGAAGAUGGCCAAACUUGUCACAAAUGGUAGAGGUGGUCAGAAAAAUGCUGAUCCUGUCGAUACCGCCGAGUCUUCUUCAGCUGCAAGCCCCCAGGCUAGCGCAUGAGGCUCACAUCAUGGAAGAAUUUCUUCUAAAUUUGUAAGGGAUGGAAACAAUACAGAAAAUCAUCUUGUUCUUUCAAAUAGUAAAUAGCGAUCAUCUGUCAUUUACCUUGGCUGCGCCUAAGGAGAUUAAAACGGAAAAAGAAACCAAGAGGGUCUAUUUACCUGUAUCAUAGAGGAACCACACCAUUAAAAUUAGGAAAGAUGGAGGAAUUGUAUCGUUACCAUAGGGCUAAAUUAUGUGUUAUUUUUUCAAUCACAAUAAGAAAUCGGAAAUAUGUCAUGUGCCCCUCUCUUAUCCAA